UUUGCUAUCUGUAUCUCCCCUGUUGCUUUCCUGAUAGCAGCGGACCUGUUCCUCAGAGGAGGACAGACAGUUUGCCGGGGUGGAACUCAGCGCCCCUGCUACAAGAUAGUGUACUUCCAUGAUGCCUCGCGGAGGAUCAGCUUUGCCGAAGCUCAUCAGGCCUGCAGAAGGGAUGGUGGGCACCUCGUCAGCAUUGAAUCAGAAGCGGAGCAGAGACUGAUUGAAAAAUUUAUUGAGGGGCUCUUGGCUUCGGAUGGAGACUUUUGGAUAGGCCUGAGGAGGAAAGGGGAGGACGUGGAUAACAGCACAGACUGUCAGGACCUGUACGCAUGGUCUGAUGGCAGCUCAUCCGGAUUUCGGAACUGGUAUGAAGAUGAGCCCUCCUGCGGGAGCGAAAUCUGUGUCGUGAUGUAUCACCAGCCCUCUGCCCCACCUGGUGUCGGAGGUCCUUAUAUGUUUCAGUGGAAUGAUGACAGAUGCAACGUGAAGAAUAACUUCAUUUGCAAAUAUCCUCUUGACAAGCCCACAAGUGCCCCGGAAGAGGACUCUCAUGUGGGGUCUCUGAAACCAACGUCCCCAGAAGAACCGAUCAAAGAGGAGACUCAUGUAAAAGAUGUUGUCAUAGGAUCCCUGAAACCAACAUCCCCAGAAGAACCGAUCAGGGAGGAGGCUAAUGUAACACUUAAAGAAGCCAAAGAACCUGUUUUGAGUCUUGCCUAUAUCUUAAUCCCCAGCAUCCCUCUGCUCCUCCUCCUGAUGGUCGUUACAGCCAUCUUCUGUUUUUGGCUUUUCUCAAAGAGGAGACAAGACCGAGUAGACGCAAGUCCAAAGGAGCAGGAUGUCUGGCUCUCUCCCCAAAGGCCAAACAGUCCCAAUCUGGAGAUUUACAAUGUAAUUAAAAAACAAUCAGAAGCAGAUCUGGCUGGAACCAGGCCUGACACUAAGAUUUCCUCCUUCCAUUCGCCUGGAGACAAUAUGCUGGACAACCUCUCUGGGGAUUAUGAGAACGUGGCUGUGAACACUUCUGAGAGCGGCUUUGUGACAUUGGCCAGUACUGAGAGUGGCUUUGUGACCAACGAGAUCUACGAGCUGUGCAGUGACCGGGUGGGGAGAAGCAAGGAGUCGACCUGGGUAGAAAAUGAAAUAUAUGGUUACUAAGGAGACUGGAAACCCUUGGAUGUGGAUGAUGCAGGAAAUAAAAAUCAGAGUUAUGCAGUGAUAAUGGGCAUGAAAGAGCAUCCUAGUUUCAGAUCUUCCUUCUGCUCUCUCCUUCCUUUUUUUCUAGGGACACAACUUUUUUUAAACAGUCAAACUCAAUGCAUCUGUCUCGCUUUGCAUCCAAUGCCCUGUUCUUUCAGAGUUUUGGUUGCUUUUUCUGUUGGACGUACAAAUUUCCCGAGCUCCAGACCUGAUGUUUUUCUAUGUGUUUGCAACAGAAAACACAAUCCACAUCCCAUUUUUGUAUGGUUUAAACGGACCUCCCCCUAAGGAAGUUGUAUGUCACUUGCUGAGCCAUCCUUGCUUUCUCACAGCUGCUUCUGAGACUGCUGCUGUGGUUUGGAGUUGGUCGUUGUUUCCACCCCAAUGGUGGUUUAGUGAAAGAGUUUCUCUGCUGGCUGGUUUGCAGCCCUGACACUCAUGCACCUGUAUGGGACUUGAUAGUGUAGCCUGUGCUCCAUUCCCUCCCUCUUAGUUUCAUGCAACCUGAGACAUCUCAGACCCAGCACUUACCAGUGUGCCAGGCAUAAGGCUUAAUUUUUUGAAGUAGCCAGAGAAAUGAAUCAUUUCACAAGUCUCAGCAGAUGCUCUGGAUUUGUACAGCUGAUCCUUCCACUGCUCUUAUUCUUCUGGCAAGACAAUGGCAAAGUGAGGAUGCAAGAAACACCUGCUGCAAAUGAGGAAAGGGUCAUUGCAAAGCAUGUUUAAAUGGCCUUAGAAGUUAUGGCAACUGAGCGGCGGGGUGUUGAGUCUGUGUCAUCCCUGGACAUCUAGAGAUAUGUAACAUGCCUUCCGUGACCAACUAACACCUGGUUCCUGUAGAUUAAACGUCCUGUUGCUGUCGUAUUCUAGAUUCCCCCUUCUGCCGGGGACCUGUCCUGGGCUCCAUGAAGACUGUCCAGGGCUGCUCAUCUCAGUGUGAGCGGGGUUACGAGACAAGAAUGUUUCGUGGGGUUUCUAAGCAUGUGGAGGAACUCCAGGGCACAUGCAGUCCAGAGAGAUGGUGCGAGGGUGUGUCAUCCCUGGACAUUCAGAGAUAUGCCAAGAGUCUGCAAGAAGUCACCUGAGGCUGGAGUUUGCAUCCAAAUCUCCACCAAACCAUAUUGGGAUCUAUGCGUGAAUAUAAAGGAGCCGUGGCAGGUCUGUGGUUGAGCUGCAUUCCUACCUGGAGCAGUGAAGGGAAUAACAUUGCACAGUUGAGCCAUAGAGAUGUGGCAUGAGACCUUUGUUGCUAUGUUAAGCUCUGAAACAAGUUACGAGACGAUGAGCAGAGAUGUCUGGUACCUAUUUUAGUCAGCACCUGGUGUGUUCUGACACCUUCUGAAGCACAAUGUGACAGCCCCUGAAUCGUGAGAAUGAGAUGUAGGUCUCACAAUGGAGGGACACCCCUCACACACACCUCCCCCCACCACACUCAUAUCCCUUCACUUUUAGCAUCUCGUCUCCUCUUUUUUGUCCGGAAGGAUAAUGCAAAUCCAACAGUCAUGUGGGUGGCUACCUAACAUGAGUCGGAGCAUCAGGCAGCCUUUCUUGGAAACUGCUGAAACCAAGACCAACAGCGUGCAAACCUUGUGGGUCUGUCAGCAGGCAGGGAUUUCCUGAGAACGGCUGGCCUGUGACUUUGAAUUUGUGACACCCCAGAAGGGUAGGGACCAAGGAAUCACUUUCGUUUCCUGUGCGUCCUUAAGAGGCAGUGUCAGCCCUGAAGCAAGCUCUGUUCCACGUGCCGGCAGAGGGGCAUCUUCCCAAAUACCAGUUCAUUUCUAGCAGCCAGGCAUUAUCAUGCUAACCAGUCCCGUACAGCAACCUUAGCUAUAGCUGUUGGGUGAGGUGCGCUCUGCUGAGAAGCCCAUGAGUAAGGCAGGGUGGGACCAGGGAGAAAGCACUGAUAUUUGGGUUUACUGUUAACUGGCUUACUGUUUAGGGUUCGACCAUCUGUUUUCUGUUUGUGGGGGUUUGUGCAUAGUCACAAUGUGUGGGUCGGUAAGCAAGGUCUAGUGUGCUCCAUAGGAAACAUGAGCUAAACCAUGUGGCAAGGUCCCUGCACAGCAUGUUAGGGCUGCAGAGAGGGGCUCCAGUGUCAAAGCCAGACUGUCCUGAAAACUAAGAUUCCUACUGAAUUAAAUCUAGAAAUACAUAUGCUCCGAGCAGCAUCCCCGCCCCCAGGUACUGGAUACUUGAUUCCGUUUCUUCGGGGCUGGCCCCACUGUGCAUAGUUGGAGGACUGCAGGGGGGCGGUUUUUAUUGGACUUGCCUGUCUAGAAGAGUUGGCAGCAGGACACUGGAGCCAGGCCAGGUGUUUAGGCUGCUAGGCAGCUGAGAGAGGCAGUUUGGGUUUGGGAGAUCAGUGCAUGAGCUGGAUGCAGAAGUAAUGGCCAUUAAUACAGUGCUUAAUGGUGCCACUGAGAUGUGCAUAAUGUGGAAUAUGUUGCUGACACCCCGACGAGAUGGUAAGAUACCGUCCAGUCUG